AUGCCCGGCGAGAACACCCCCAUCCGACCCCGCGAUCCGGGUCAUCGCACCGAGGUUAAGCAGUAUGCGGUGACGUCUUGCGUGUGGCUCCUCUUGCUCGGGAUUGUGGUGUUCAUACAGGGCGGGCUUACCGGUUCUCUGUUCAGACAACUAGUCGAGGCUGCUCUGUGGUGGAACGCAGCGCCGCUGAACAAGGGCUGGGUGGCCUUCCAGAUCUGCUGGGACAUCUUCUACCCUCUCGCGCUCUGGAGACUGAGCUCUGUCGCGAGGCUGCCGGACGACGCAGCCGCGGUGCCGGCUUACGACGAACGCAAGAGCUCCUUCCAGUACCUUGUCACGCUCCGGGACUCCACGAUCGGACAGCUCGGACUCACCCUCUUCCUGGCCGGCUUUACUUUGGGCCUCAUACCGUGGCGCAGCGAGUACUUUCGCGACUACAGGUUGAUCGGAGCAGCAUUCUUCCUUGUCGCACUCCUGCCGGCUGCGCUCAUUGUGUCUCGGUGCUCGUCCAAGCGGAUACAUCCAGCGUGA